ACGCGUACAGUAUGUUUCCGUUUUUUUCUUUUUCUUUUUUCUCUCUCUCUCUCUCCAGCGCGCUCGCGCCGCGGCUGGAAAGACUGCGAGCGUCACGUCGAAGGCAACACUGACGCACUUCAUCCACUCUAUCAAGCCUGAAGCGCAUUAGGAAUAAUGUCUGAGCCGUACCGCGAGUGGAUCCUGGGCUCCAUAGACUCGCUGAGGUCCAGGAAAGCGCGACCGGACCUGGACAGAAUUUGCAGGAUGGUCAAAAGACGACACGGCUCGGACUGGGACCGAACCCGCUCAGAACUAGAGAAACUGAUAGAGGAGCAGACGGUGCUCAAAGUCAACUAUAAAGGCUCAGUUUCCUAUCGCAACGCGGCAAAGGUGCUGAGAGGCAGGAGAAGACCCGAGCAGAGCAAGUGUGCGGUGAAACAGCCUUGUCUCGCGGACUGGAGCCCCGGCGAAAGCGCUCUGGGUCCCGCGGAGGAGGAGGAUCACAUGGAGGAUCUGGAAGACGAGAUGUCCACGACAGCGGGAAUGGACAGCAGUAUGGACGAGGAGGGGGAUGAGAGCAGUCUGGAUGCCCUGUGUGCUCAGAGCACCGCUGACUCGGGCAUCAGCAUGAGUCCCAUCACCAGCAGUCACACCAGUCAGCCUGUUCCCUCCCCCGCUUCCUCAAAGAACUCUCCUACCCAUGAUGCUCUGAGGCAGGACACAGGCAGCGCUUACAUCCUACCUGAGCACACACAGCCUACAGCCCAGCAAGACACAGGAUCUGUGGCGCUCAUGCAGCAGCCGGCAGCCAUCUGUCUCUCCUCUCUUCAGGCCGAGGAUCUGCUGCUGUCACACUGCACAGUCACGUCGGACGAGGCGCUGAAGUCUGACGGACGACCUGAUGCUGUUGAGCAGGGUGAAAUGUGCACCAAGAGCACAACAGAGGAAGAACCUGUUAACAAUGGAGGGAUGAAUAACGGCAAUGAUGUGGUAAAGAUUGAAAUCGGACAGGACCCUUUGCUUUGGAGCGUGGCCGAUGUGGCCAGGUACUUCACGUCUGUGGGCUUCCCUGAGCAGGCGCUGGCUUUCAGGACACAGGAAGUAGAUGGGAAGUCCCUGCUGCUGAUGCAGCGCAGUGACGUGUUGACUGGUCUGUCGCUCAGACUCGGCCCCGCUCUUAAAAUCUACGAGAAUCAUGUGAAGGUGCUGCAGAGGAGCCACUUUCAGGACGACAGCCGUCUCUUCUCAUAGUGCUGGUGUUUUCAGCUCUGGCUCAGAGCGCUGGGGAAACAUGAACUCUUUAAGACUUGAUUUGCACAAUCCUCCUCAGCUUAUCUUGUCUUCUUCCGUGUGAGGACAUGCCGCAUGAUUCAGCCCUGCAUCUGUCCUCAUGUCCAUCCCUCGCAGGGCUGACGGGACCAUUCAUCUUAGCAGAAGUGUUAUUUUAUUUCUACGGUGGAGCUUUUCAUUCACCAGUGUUUUGUCCUUCUGUUUUUGUCAGGUAUGAUUUACAGUGUUGCAAUAUUAUAUAAACAUUGUUCUUGUCCAAUUAAAUGUACGAUGUUCAGAGAUGUCUUAAAAUGGACAUGUGGAGUUAGGAAAUAAAUUCCAGUUUCAGAAUCUGAAA